AUGGUUAAGAAGAAGAGACAAAGCGAUCCUAGUGAAAAUGGAGACGAAUCCACCGAAUCGUGCGAUGAAUCUUUUAAGUCCGCAUGUGCUCAUGUAGCUAAAGCUGUAGAUCUUGCUAAACUAAAAAAAUCUCUAAAAAAUGGAGGAUUCGAGAAAGAAUGUGCAGAAUGUAAAAAGAAUGCCAAAAACGAAAUCGCUGAUCCUAACUACGAGGAGGACCUUACUUUAUGGAUGUGCUUGCGUUGUGGAAGUCAACUCUGUGGCCGAACACGAAAUAAGCACGCCCUGAAUCACUUCAAUACCCCUCAUUCAGACUGUCAUGCCUUAACUGCAAAUUCAACAACUUGGGAGAUCUAUUGUUACAAUUGCAACAAUGAAGUCUCUGCUUCUAGCUCUAAAAAAUUACAUGAAUGCAUCGAAUACUUGAAGAAACAAGCCUUAAAUAAUUCAAAAUUACCUCCAAUAGAAUUACCUUUUGAAAGUCAAGGACCAACCCUAGAAUUAACAAUGUCAGUAGAGGCAAUGUCACGAGAUAAGGGUAAAGAUAAGGCUAUUGCUUUGAACUUGCCUCGAGUUCGUGGAUUGACAAAUUUAGGAAACACAUGUUUCUUUAACUCUGUUAUGCAGUGUUUAGUGCAGACUCCCUAUUUGUUGAAUGUUCUGCAGGAAAUGGCAACUCCUGGGGAAAAAUUUACUUUACCAGGAGGUAAGUUAAAGCUUAAGGCAGAUAAUAAUGGUGAUGAGGGCAAAGAAGUGGAACUGCCACCCAUAACAGGACAGUUAGCUGAAUGGGGAACUUUAACAAGAACCUUGGCAGAAACAUUAGCAGAAUUACAAGCUGGUGAAGGUGGUGUGUAUACUCCGAGAAAGUUGCUCUCAGCGCUAGUCAACAAGUUGCCGCAAUUUGGAGGUGGAGACCAACAUGAUGCCCAUGAGCUAUUGCGACAUUUACUUGAAGCUGUAAGAUCUGAAGAUCUCCGUCGUUACCAAUCAGUGAUACUCAGCAGUCUGGGCAUGAGCUCCAAAGUAGAUCCAGCUAAGGUGGAUGGCGAGGUCAAGCAAAAGGUGAAGUUCUAUGGGCAGCAGGCCUCGGAUACCAUGCUUCGACCGGAACAGGUUUUCCGUGGCUUUCUGGUGUCAACCCUGGAGUGUCAGGAGUGCUACCAUCAAUCGGACAGGGCGGAGUAUUUCUUAGAUUUAUCCCUCCCUGUCGCGACAUGUCGACCUCAACCUCCCGCGCUCGUCAGAAGGAAAACGCCUAACGAAGAGAAUACCACCAACACUCAAGAGGAGAAGUCUUCAAAAAACCUAGUGAAUGUAUUAAACAAACGCAUUGCUGCCAGAAAAGCGGCCCGAAAGAACAAAGGUAACUCAACAUCCAAAGACAAAUCUGGAGAUGUGAAUGGUAAAGAAGAUGGUAAAUCUUCAUCAGAACAAUCAGAUGCGGAUGUUGAAGAUAAUCUGGAGGACUUGCCGAGGCAGACUGAGUCUCAUGCAACUGCCACCCAACCAGUGCCACACACUGCAGCCAACUUCGCAGCAUACCACAUGGAAUCAGGGUACAAUUCUGAGAAAGUCAUCAGCUCUGACUCUGUAAGGACAAGUCCAGUCGAUCUUGAUAAGGAGAAAACCGACAACACUCCGGAAGCAGCAGAUAAAGACAAAGACUUCACACCCACAGCUAUUCCAUUGGAAUACAAACCUCUUAUAGAAAACUUCUCAAAUCCUGACUCAGGUGUUGCUAGUCCGGAGACAACCAAACAUAAUUCAACAGAAACAGUUCAUAAUGUUGAUUCACCGAUAAAUGGUAAGGAAUUGGGCAGUCAUAGCUCUCUGUCCAGUGAAAUUAACUUAGAUCUGUCCAGUCCGCAACACAACAAAUUAUCUCCAGUUAAAAGUGAAUAUGAAAGACCAGUUUCUAGAAUAGCAUUUGCUCCCGAGUACUCCAACGAGGUGGUCUCAAGAGGAAUCAGUGCUCAAGCCAGCAAAGACCUAUUUGUAAACACCUGGGAGUUCAUUAAUGAGCUGGGCGAAAAUGCUAUCCCGUUAGAAAUGAAGCAAGCUGUCACAAACAAAUUAGAACAGCUAAAACUCCAUAUGGAUACGCUAAAUACAUUACCGUCCCCAGAAACAACGGUAGAACCACCACCAGUUAGACCAAAGAUGGAAUUAGAUAAUAGUGUGAAAGAUAUCUUGUCCUACGGCCGACAAAAUCCUCUCUCCACAAGGUAUAUCUGCGAUGAAGACGAGUGCAGUGUACAAUCUUGCCUGAGCCAGUUCACCGCGCUUGAACUCUUGACUGGAAACAACAAAGUCGGUUGUGAAACGUGCACGGAAAGAAUUAAUGGAAAAGACGGAAAAACUGUGUACACGAAUGCAACUAAGCGGUUCCUAGUGUCCAGCCCGCCGGCCAUACUGAUUCUCCACCUCAAACGCUUCCAAAUCGGACCAAGAUGCAUGUUCAGGAAAAUGUCUAAACACGUCGAUUUCCCGACUAUUCUCGAUUUGGCGCCAUUUUGCGCUAUGGACAAGCUUAAGAAAUUGCCAAACGUUGCGCGCGGUCAGAACGAGCUGCAGUACUCCCUCUAUGGGGUUGUGGAGCAUUCAGGGGGAAUGCAUGGCGGCCAUUAUGUGGCGUACGUGAAAGUGCGUGCGCCUGUCAAAUUGGGAGAUCCAAGAUGGUGGUUCCUACCCAAAAGCGCCAACAUCCCGGCGGGAGAUGGUGACGGAGAUUCCGAGUCGGAUCUCUCUGGCUACGAGUCCGGGGAAGGCCCGGCGCUCAGCCACGGAACUACCGGCAAGUGGUAUUACGUGUCAGACAGCAUGGUGUCAGAAGUUAGCGAAGAAAAGGUCCUGCGCGCCCAAGCGUAUCUCCUGUUUUAUGAGAGAAUUGUA